UGGUGUUCUCAAGCACUUUCUAGCAUGGGUGUUUACUCUGACACAGAUGAGUACCCCUCUCCAAUCUCUCCAUCAAGGUUGUUCAAGGCCUUGGUUGUUGAUGCUCACAACCUCAUUCCAAAACUUCUGCCAAAUUCUGUGAAGAGCAUUGAAAUCAUACAAGGGGAUGGGGGGGCAGGAAGCAUCAAGCAGUUUAACUUUGUUGAAGGCAACCAAGUAAAAAAUAUCAAGAACCGGAUUGAUGAGAUAGACGAGGAGACACUUACUUACAAUUACACACUGAUUGAAGGGGAAGCCUUGAAGGAUAAGUUUGCAUCCAUUGCUCAUGAGAUUAAGUUUGAAGCAGCACCUGAUGGUGGUAGCAUAAGUAAGGUAACAAGCAAGUAUUAUCUUAAAGGUGAUGUUGAGAUCAAUGAAGAGGACAUUAAGGCUAGCAAGGAGAUUGUCUUGGGCAUUUACAAAGUUGUGGAAGCCUAUCUCCUGCAGAACCCUGAUGUGUAUGCUUGAGUCAUUAACUAGUCUCUAGUUAAUAAUGCCACUAUCAG